UAAAGUUAUGGUGAAUACUUGUAGUUGUGGAGAAGUGACCGUCCAUCGUAUGACACUACCAGGCAGAGUGCAGGUGAAGGUGACAGUGUCAUCAGGACAGGACACAGUGGAGGUGGAUGUCAGUGUGGCUGCAUACAAAAAUAAUUUUAGCUAAAGUCAAGGUUCUAGUGCAUGAACACACAAUUAUACCUAAGUCCUACCUGCAGCAACAGCAAACAACUGAAUAAUAGUAACUGCUUUUACUUGCAUUUUAGAUCUAUUGCAGAAUCUAGAUCAAUAACAUUUUAAGAACACAAACACCACUAAAUUGCUUGUGUUAAAUUUGUGGGUGUAGUCUAGAUCUAGAGAAACAUUAAAGAGCCCAUCUUCUACCUUCUAUAGGUUAUAGAUCUGAUGGUGAACUGGUCAGUCAAGUCAGUCACAGUAACCUUUAGAUCCUCCCCAUCUUCAUAAUGACUCUGAUGACACAAGCUGAGGCUAUAUCUAGAACUAUUUGGGUUUUAGUGGUUGGUGUACCCUUGGUGCUAGGUGGUCUGACUCGUGACUACACUGAGACCCCCUGUGCUGGAGAUGUGAUCUCACUCACUUGUACAGUGCCUGGGGCUUUGCUGGAAUGGGACGUACCUGAUCCAACAAGGGACUUGAUACUUGAUAGAAUAACAGAACUUCCAUUCCAACGAGAUCAGUACACCGUUACAUUUAUCAUGUUUAAUUCUACCAGUUCAGUGAUCACCUCAAGUUUGAGUUUCCCUGCGGUGGAGGGAAUCACUAUUAGUUGUCUUUCUUUAUUGCAGCCUGAGUUGAGGGAAGAACUAACCAUACUGACAGCAACUAACACACCACCAAAUGGAUUCAGUGACUCAAUUCUGAGUAGCUCAGCCAAUAAAGUUAGUGUAACUGUUGGUUGGAACCCUCCUACUGAGACUGGUGAUCGAACCUACACAGUGAUUAUUUCACCUCUGGCCCAGCUCUCUGCUACUGUCCUCACAUCCACCUCCGUCACUGUGACAGCUCAAUACAAUUUGAACUACACUGUCAGUGUUGUGGCUACCAACUGUGCUGGGAACAGUACAACUGCUGAGUAUAACUUUUUGAUUGGCGGCUGUCCUAUGUUGACCAACUCUACAAACAGAGCCUUUGUACAGGUGUCCAGCAGAUUGCCAGAAUCCAUAGUAACCAUCCAGUGUGACGCUGGGUAUGUAUCUGCUGUUACAGUGGUUACAUGUGAGAGUACACUGAUGUGGAGUCCAGAUCCUGAGACUACUGAGUGUAGCCAACUUACCCAAUCUCCCCCCACAACUCCUCCUCCGAUGAGGUGCACAACUCAACUGUACCCACCAAGGAAUGGCACCAUCAGUGAUCAUUCAGUACCAGCUACUCCUGGUACACAAGUGACCUUUCAGUGUGACGAUGGAUUGUUCUCUGAAGGAAUAAUGACUGUCACCUGUCUAGCUACAGGAGAGUGGGACAAAAAUCCAGGGGAAAUUGUCUGCAAAGCUCAAUCCCCAACUCUAUUCACUGGUACUGACCUUGGAAUUGCUGUUUCCGUUAGUGUGGUUGUCACGGCAGUUCUGCUUAUGAUCAUUGGAUUCCUCACUGGAGUCCUAGUGAUGUAUCUUUGCUCUCAUAAGAAGGCAGCAGUAUACUCCCCAUCAGCUGAUGGACAAGCUAACGUAAGACCCACUGUACCAGCUGGUCCUGUUUAUGAGGAGAUGUCACCCAAAGAGGAGAUUGAACUGAACACUAACCAAGCAUAUGGACCAGUUGGACUGUAAGAAUUGCCAUUUAGCGUUUUUAUGUUGCUGCACUCUAUAUAUACAGUUUGUUGUUGUACAUGUCGAU